AUGGACAAGAAGAUAAAAUCUGCUCAGCACAAAAAACUCGUCGCAGUGGAAAACAUUAAGGCGCUGGAGCGCUUUAAGCAGAACUUCAAACCCGAAAAUGUAGGUGAAAUCCCGGAGGUUAUGGAGGGUUUGGAGCAACACAGACAGGACUUUUUUGCCGCGGUGGCAAAGCAGGAAGAGUAUGACGACACCAGUGAUGCGAUUCAAGCCUGUAUUACUGACAGGAUCGAUAUGGAAGAGCGCUGCCGGCGGCUAAAAUCGUUCCUUAGAGAAAACCAGCGGAAGGAAGCCAAUUCGCUCAACGACUCCUUAUUGGCAAACUCAACCCUAGCGUUUGGACGGCCAACCACAUCAAACAUACGUUUUCCCAAAAUCGAAUUACCAACGUUCGACGGUGAUUCGACAAAGUGGUUGUCAUUCCGCAAUCGCUUUGUCGCGAUGAUUGACGCAAGUGCCGAGCUGCCGCCAAUUGCAAAACUGCAGUACUUACUUUCGUCCCUGAAAGGUGACGCUGCGGUUCCCUUCGAACAUGUUACUCUGACCACGGAAAAAUAUUCUGUUACCUGGGCUGCGCUGCUUAAGCGAUACGACAACUCACGGAUGCUCAUUCGCGAGUACUGGCGACGGCUACAUUUCCUACCUGCGAUUGCAACAGAAAGUGUCGAUGGCUUGACGUCGUUGGUAGAUGAAUUCGUGCGAUAUGUGAAUGGGUUGCAGAAGCUGCAUGAGCCUGUCGACUCAUGGGACACGCCUUUGUCCAACAUGUUGCUGAUGAAGCUGGACAAUGAGACCAUUCUGGCGUGGGAAAGGCAUUCUGUGCAUAAGGAUAAGUACAGCGAGUUGAUCGAAUUCCUGCAAGACCGAAUCCAAAUCCUAAAAUCGAGCCAGAGUAUCUCGUGCGAUCGGAUUGUGGUUCCGAUCAAGGUGGCCGGGGCAUAUCGGCCCACCGCACCACGGCGGUCGGUAACCAACGCUGCUUCUGUGCAAAGGAAUACUCCCGUUUCAUCGACCAUUCAACAAGUGAGCUGUCCAUUGCAGUGUGCAGAUCAUCACCUGGUUCGAAAUUGCCCGGUAUUUUUAGCCAAAAAUACUCAUGAUAUGGUGUUUCUCGAGACGGCUAUUGUGUUUAUCGUAGACGAUUAUGGAGAGAAGCAUGAGGCACGGGCGCUUCUGGAUUCGGGCUCCAUGUCCAACUUCAUUUCGGAUACGUUAGCUCGGAAGCUCAUGACACCUCGAACGAGAGUUAAUGUAUCAGUGUCUGGCAUCGGAACUUCAAGGCAGCAGAUAAAGGGUUCGACCACGGCGAUCGUUCGUUCAAGGAACCUUCAAUUCACCACCCCAUUGGAGUUUCUGAUCCUGGAUACACCCUCGGCGGACAUUCCCACCUCACCAAUCAACGUGUCUUAG